AAGAUCUACCAGUGCAAAUCUGCAAAUGAUGCCAGCAGCUUGGAUAGAGCUGGCGACUGCGGUCUCCCAUGAUACUCGCCGUACCACUUGGAGCAGAAUUGAGGCCAAUGCUUUUCUUGAGCCGGAUUGCACCCAGUUCUUGAGCUAGCCAUCCUUGGCAAGGGGUUUUUAUCGUUAUGGUGGGUGGGUUAUGGAUCGCAGUCGCUGUCACAAUCAUCACUACGUGCUAAGUGGCGCGGGUAGAUGACUCGGAGCGAACGCGGUCGCGUCGGUAGCUACGUUCGCGCCCCCAUAUUUUAAGCUUGGGCUCCGGCUGGUGCCGCGAUCUCUAUGUGCGCAUCCUCUCGUUGAAGUGGCUGGCAGCCGCACCGAGAGUCCUGUCUGUUGCUGCUCGGUCUCUUUAGCCUCUCGCUAUUGUCAUUCUGCAAUCUUCUCGGUUUUGUUCAAGCCAGCUCGCUAUACGUCCUCUUACAAUGCGUGUCGAGGGCUUGAACCUGGACAAGCUGCCGCCCGUCUCUAUGGACACACCGUCCAUAAAACCUCGAGAGGUCGCGCCCUUCCUUCGCAGCCUACGCCGCAUGCUCGAAAAUGAGAGCGACGAGAUUCUGCGCUGGACGCCCAAUGGCCGCGCCUUCGAAAUCCUCGACAUGGACCGUAUGAUGGCCGAGGUGCUGCCUAAGUACUUCAAGCACCGCAAGUAUACGAGCUUCCAGCGUCAGCUCAACUACUUUAGCUUCAAGAAGUGGACAAAGUCCAAGGCCGUCGUCUGCACAUUCUCCAACGAAUGUUUCUUGCGCGACCGCCCUGACCUCUCGUGGCGCAUCACGCGUAAGAAAUCGGUGCACACGGGCGGCUCCACGCCGCGCAAGUCCCGACCGGCCCCUGUGGCUACAGAUCCUAAGCCCAACGUCCGGAUGGAGCCCGUUAAGCUCGAACCGCAGCAUUUCCAGCUAUUACGGAGCAAAGGCUCGUGGAAGCGAGACAUUGCCAUCCGCGUUCCGCGAGUGCCCAGUGCUGUGCUUCUCGGUAGUCCGUACGGCAGCGGGUGCCCGUUCCCGUCGCCAACCGACAUGGACAUGAUGCUCUUGGAGAACGACGUGGAACCCCAAAGGUACAACCAGUCGAGCAAUAACUUUAUUCCGCCUACUCUAAGUGAACAGGAGGUGGACUCGCUCGAGUGGAUUGACAACUUCCUGCCAUCGCUUGAGACGGCUCCUCGUAACGAUGAACUGGUUUUCGCUGGGAACACCGUGGAUGUGACUGCGAGUGCGCUCAAGCGACAGACGUCGCAUUAUCUGUUCCCGUCACUGCUGUCACCCCCAGGAGACUAUACGUGUCUAACUUCCAUUUAGGAGACGUCAUUGAUGCCUAGCAGUAUGUAUCUGUAACCUAAAAACAUGGCAAAUGAGUUCGAAACUAGAA